CUGCUGCUGCUGCUGGCGGCGGAGAGCAGCGCGCCGAGCUUCCACCCUGCGGGAAAAAGGAAAGAGCGAGGGAGGUACCGGGAGCCGGGCUGCCCCGCUCCGCCCGCGCCUCCCCUUCAGGCUUCAUCCCGCCCCUUUCCCGGGGGAUGCGGGUCACCCCUCGGGGAAUCGCCCUUCGGUCUCUGAGCUGCAGCCACGGCGGCAGCGGGCACCCCGAGCGUCGCCAGCGGGAGAGCGCCGGGGCACGGACCCGGCCGGGAGGCGGCAGCGGGCUCCGGCUGGUGCCUCUGCGUCCCGGAGCGCCCUGGGCUGUUCUUGGGGCUGAGUCUGGGCACAGCCAGCCCGUGUGGGUGUGUGCCAGGAGCUCCUCUGUGAGCUGCUGCCUGGAAGUGGUGUCCUUACACCGACGGAGCGGCAUCAGCUGCAGCUGGAGUCGCUCCGAAAUUGCUUGUGCUAUAUCCCCCAGAAUGAGCAAGCCUGAUCUUUUGUCUUCACGAUGAAAUGUAGCACCUCAUUCAUGUUCCAGGAAGCAAUACCCCAUGCCACUCAAACAACCAGAGAAGAGCCCACUUCCCUCCCAGAUUCUGGGUCUCAGUGACCUUUCAAGAGCUCCCCAUGAAGUGCUACUGUCUGGGUGCCACAGGAAAUGGAUCAAAGAAACUGAUUCAGCCUAUGUGAGGCUGGCAAAGCAAGGAGGCCGACCUGACCUACUGAGGCACUACACUCCUGUGGUAAUGAAGUCGCCUCCGGCAGCAUACGCUGCACCUGGCUGGUACACACACUGUGCCAGUCCUGCAGGGAUUGAGGAGCCACGGACCUGUGUUUCCUCUCUACCAGAUUAUAUGGUUCACAGAGGGUUUAUGGCUGAUGACCAUCACGGUAAGAGUUAUGAGACAAGAAGAGGGCCUUUUGAGUUUGAUACAAAAAGUGUUUGGCAGCGGGAAGCUGAAAACAAAGAACAUGCAGAGAAAAAGAAGGUAAAGCUUCCACCUAUAAGCCCUAAAUAUCCAAGCAGAAUGCCAACUGUUUCUACUAACAAGGAAUUUAGUGGAGAAAAUAAGCUUUCCUUCCCACCCGUGCCUGCUCAAAGAAAAAGUGAAGCAGUAAAUUUUAGCAAAUUAAUAAGCAAUGGCUAUGGGACUGACUGGUUGCAGCAGAGUACUGGAUGGGAAAAAAAGAUUGAAGAAACAUCAGAAAAUAGUGAGCUCUCUGAAGAUUCAGAACGAUCUGAAUCACCACCUGCAUGCAACGAGUUAAAGCCACCAUUUCAGGGAUGUAAUAAGUAACUUGAAAGAUUCUUGGGGAAACUAAAGCUUUGUAUUGCUUAUGUAGCCCACUAUUUACAUGUUGACUAGAUUAUUUUUGUAACUUAACUCAUCCCUGAUUGAGAUGUUUGCGAGAUGGAUGAACUUCAUUUGGCAUUAUUGCAGCAAAUUUUAAAGAACAGACAACAGGUGUCAAUUUUUAGUCCUAGACCUUUUCUUAAUAUAAUAAACAAAACGAAGCAAAGCUGAGGUUUUCUCCUGCACAAGACUCCUGCUGCUUUGCUGUUCUCAAACAGGGUUACCAUAUUGCUGCUAACUUGACUAGACACAGGCUAUUGGUGUCUCCAAAUCAACAGGUUUCUUCAGUUAAGUACAGCUGUAGUCAUGAAUUAUGCCACAAAAAAAGGUGAAGGGCAACUGUGCGGUACGGGAUGAAAUGCAGACAGAAAGAAUUGAACUGGUAUGGAUGCCUGCAGUAAAAAAGUCAAACCUUCACUGAAAAGACUACUUCUUCAUCCCAAGAGCUCAUUUACUUUGAACAGACACUCAGCUUUCUAGGACAGGUCUAUUGCUGUGCCUGCUGCACAAGAACUAGUUGAUCAGUCAUAGUGUUCAGCCACAUAAUUAAAGACCUGGUGGCAUUUCCUGGUAUGGUCUCGUUAUAUAGAAGCUGAAUCAUUGGUUAACAGUUCUGUGGACUCAGCUAUCCAUGAUGUCUGUACUUUCAGCUAUUAGAUAAAAAAAAUAAAAUUAUCUAUCCUGAAGUCUUGACUGCAACAAAAAUAUUAUAUGGUAGAUCACUGUUUAUUCGCAUCAGCAGAAGUUUGUACUUUGAAACAGCAAUGUAUAGAUGUUGUACUUUAAUAUUCUGAAAAAGUUAAGAGACACUGAUAUUUCAACACUUGCUAUUUUAUCUACUUGGAUUAGGAUAUAUCCCUGAAAUCUUAUUAAUAAUUAAAUAUUGAUUAUAAAGUCCACUAGAAAGUGGGUGCAAUUUCAUUACCAUGUUUUUUGCUAACAGCAUGAAAAGUAAACCCUUAAUUUUUAGAAUUUCCUCUUCAGAUUACAUUCAGUAUGUUUUGCACCUUUGAAUCCAAGUCCUGGAGGCUCUAAAAUUUAUUAAUAAAUAUGUAUUUAUGUAAACAGAAUGUUUAGAGUAUUUGGUUUAAUACUGUUCCUUUAGAACCUUGAUGUAAAAAUUGAUUGGAAAUAGGUAAACCAUUGCUAAUCUGAACCCUCAAAAUUUUCAGUGAACUGUAGAAAUUUUGCUGUUGAUGUUGUUUUACCUGGCACCUGAGUCCAUCUUUGCUAUCCGUUAUUUUGAACAAUUCAACUAAAUUGUAUUUAAAAAAAUAAAAGGCUAAAACAUGUGCAAAUGCUUAAAUA